AUGAGAUAAUACGAGGCGUCACCGGCGCGAAAGGGGUGAACUUUUGCAUCGGAAGCUUUAUUCCCCCCCCCUUUGUUGUUGCCAUUUAGUAAAGCCCCGACACAUCACUAUCGCUAUCUCUAUCGCCUACUUGCAUUAUGUCUGGGGCUUAAACCUCUUGAGUCAAUCGCUCUUUUUGACAGCUCUUUUUUCCGUGACGAGCAAUCACAUUUCAGAUUCGUUGUUGAGCAUUUGAUGAGCGAUGUCGUGAUUGCCUUUGAAUUUCUGUGGGACUCCGUACAGCGUAUUGUUACUUUUGUAUAUGAGUAUGAGCGUACAGUGCACCACCGGAUUCGAUUUACGCUUUGUCGGAUGGUUCUAUUUUCUAAAGGAUACAUACAAUGUUUGAUAUUGCAUGCCUAACAACGAGUUAAUCUACCAAUCUCUUGUCUCUCUUAUUUUUUGUUUGUUUGCAUGUAGUCUCUUGACGGAUUAUCACUUUGUUCCCGAUGCAUAAGGUACAGUCUUUGGUCGAGGAGAAUUUGGUAAAUGUGGCACUUGAGUGUAGCACCAAUCGAUAUAAAGGGGCACAACUAUCGAUGUUACAUUUCGUAUGUCAUGCCGUCAUUCCUUUGGAUGUAUAGUAAAAUAUUGAAGACCCUACCUUAUGUGCGUGUGUUAGCGAGAGCCACAACGAAUGUAAUACUCCAUAUAUCUCGAUUUAAAUGUGUGCUUGAGUCGUCGAAUACGAUGGCAUAAGGAACUAUUAUACUCGGUCACUGGCGGUCCUGCUGAAAAACCUCGUAGCACAUAGACGCUGAAAGAAAGACUAAAAACAUGGGAUGCAACGUGUGCCGAUGCUUCGGUCCACGCAAUACGAGGUACCCUGGAUCAGGAUUCAUGGCAGCCAUCAGGAAGAAGUUGGUUAUUGUGGGCGACGGUGCUUGUGGUAAAACAUGUCUACUCAUAGUGUUCAGCAAAGACCAGUUUCCUGAGGUGUACGUACCGACGGUAUUCGAGAACUAUGUCGCCGAUAUCGAAGUGGAUGGCAAACAGGUGGAACUGGCUCUUUGGGACACAGCUGGACAAGAAGACUACGAUAGGUUGCGUCCGUUGUCGUAUCCAGACACGGACGUUAUCCUAAUGUGCUUCUCCAUCGACAGUCCCGAUUCCUUGGAGAACAUUCCCGAGAAGUGGACACCCGAGGUGAAGCACUUCUGCCCGAACGUGCCCAUUAUUCUUGUGGGAAACAAAAAAGACUUGCGCAAUGAUCCUAACACUAUCAAGGAGCUCAGCAAGAUGAAGCAGGAGCCGGUCAAGCCCGAGGAGGGUAGAGCUAUGGCCGAGAAAAUCAACGCUUUCGCCUACCUUGAGUGUUCCGCCAAGAGCAAGGAAGGUGUGAGAGAAGUUUUCGAAACAGCAACCCGAGCUGCAUUACAAGUAAAGAAGAAGAAGAGGGGAAGAUGUAGGCUUCUUUAAGAUGUUAUGACAAGUGAGCCCGUAACACAGGCAAAAUUAUGGAAUUGCGGAACUAGCUGCAAAGAAGCUAAUCGUAAUGCCGUAGGUUCCCAGCGGAAAUCAUGAUAUAACGUCUUAUCUUUAAUUAUUUUACAUAAUAAAACAAGUCUACACAGCAGCAAAAAAAAUUAGUAAAAAAAAAAUAAAAGGUGCAUCUACAGAUACACAUAUAAUAAUAUUAAUACGUGGCGAUCGCAGCGCAGAGAAAUGUGCGCUGGUCGAUUAAGAUCCGAGUUAAAAACGAAACAUUCGUCGAUUUUUAUCACUGAGAUAUAAGUAUACCGGAGAGGGCACUGGCUCGGCUGGCGCGAGCCGAGAGAGAGAUAAAUUUAUGGGAUUGCUGUCCUUUGUCGUACAGUCAAGUUAGUAAGUUUUGAUCGUUUUAUGGGGCGGUUUGCAGGGUUCGGAUCACUUCGGAUAAACAUCAAUAACUUUUGGUCCAACUUGUACUGCGAGUGAUAUGUGCAUGCAUCGAAACUAUUAAAGAGAGAGAGAGAGCGAGAGACACAAUAUCUAUCUGUCUCAGGAUCAUUUUCUGUCUAUGAUCGUAGCAUGACAGUGCCCACUCCGGUGUAUUUAUCUCAGUG